AUGUCAUAUUUUACUUAUGUCCUUUUAUCCGUAUCCGGUUUUUGGUGGGGCUGUUUAAUCAAGAUUGCUGCGUUUGCCGAUCUGAACGCUGAUCGUCGAACAGACGCUGUGGUCUUCAAUGCAAUUGAACACACCAUAGGUGCUUUGAUGCAGUCAGUCACCAGAUCGCCCGGUUACAGUACAGCCACAAUUCCAGCACCAACUUUGACCAGUCCUCUUCUUUCUACCAGAACUCUAGGAAACCCGGUGCGUCGUAUAGCAGCCAGUGACUUCACCGGGAGCACGCGGGUAGAUCUGUUACUCCUUACCUCUGCUAGCAGAAACAAUGGUCCUUACCAGGCCUACUUAGCUCUAGGGCUAGGAGGGUCACAAAGAGGCAUGUUUGGUAAGCUAACUUCUAUAGCCAUUACCUUUGCUUGCAUUACCUUCUAA